UGCUCUGAGCAUGUUGUGGAAGCUGAUUUCUGGAAAGGUCUGGCAAGUGGCCGGCAGCUUCAGGGGGACACGGCUGUGCCAUCCGUCCUCGUCUUUUGGAGGGUGAAGCCCUCAAGAAAGGCACUUCUUCCGCGGUUACUGUGCACACUCUCUAGCAUCCAACGGCCACAGAACGGGAGGAACACGGUUCAUGAACACUGUGCGCAAGCAGAUAAGAAAAAUUUGGCACCCACCACGGGAUGCUAUCCCCGAACAACGGUCUGCACCUUCAAACACAAGUCACCAGAGCUGCAGGAGCAAGCUGCAGGAGCAAGCUGCAGGAGCAAGCUGCAAAACUGCAAAUGCAGCAACACCAUUGUAGCACUACAAGCAUAGCUAGCCACAAGCAAGGUGAACAAAUCGAGGCUUCAAAAAGAGCUGCACACUCAACAAGCCAAGAGCCAUAACGAGGUAGGGCUGCAGUCUGAAACGGAGGCCGAACUUGCCAGAGGUUGGAAGCUAAGAGCAGAGCCUGAAGUACAACUUAACACAAGCAAGCUCACUGAAGUAAACUGGAUGCAAAGAUGUGGUGAAUGGAAAGGGUUCAGAAAGAUUGUUAGUAACUGAGUUUGAUAUAGAUGCUUACAGUAGUGAAACUCAUCAUAAACAUGCGUGGUUCAACAAUGCUAUUUCGAUGGCCUGCAGGAACUGUACAAACGGCUUAUGGAGACAGGGUGUGACUCCCGCUGGAGUCAUGAGGCGGUUUCGAAGAGGAGGAAGCAACAGCAGCGACGACGCCAAAGCAGUGCGGGAGCUGUUCACACGGUACUUCGUCAACGAGGGACAAGUGAGCUGGCAGUGGUGGAUGGUUGCCUAAGAAGACCUUGUCUCGUAUUUUCCUCCGAAACAACUUUCGUCAGUUGCUCUCAAUGGCCUCAGGAGAAGUGAGGAAGCACUGCUCUCAAAAGACAAUGAAGAGAAACACAACACCAGAGCUCCUGGGCAGACCCAAACAAGCACCUCAAGAUGUCACACACCUGCUGCAAGAGAACCUGGGGAUUGUGGACAGUGUUGAAGAGUACAAUCGUAUGCAGGCACGCUGUCAUUACAUGUGCAUGAGGACACAAGACUGUGUGGGAGAACCAGCCCCGAGUCAACAGCAAGGCACUCCUCAACAUUCCGCUACCUGCUGCCAUCACAUACUCUGGUGCCAGUCCUACGCACAUUCUUUGCCUUCUUCGUUCCAUAAAAAUGUUGAGGCGCAAUUUCUGCUGCAUCGCAUCACCUCGCAAGCGACUAAAUAUCUUCACGUCGUCUCCUCGCUGCCAGCUGAAGUCGCCGAUGAACUAGAGGACGUCCUCGCGGCGGCGCCGACAUCCAACCAGUAUGACAACCUCAAGGCCGCUAUCCUCGCCCGGAAGACCACGUCGGAGCGCAGCUGCCUCCAGCAUCUCCUCAACAUGAAGGAGCUUGGUAACCAGCGUCCCUCCCGGCUACUGCGCCGGAACUACGGCUCCAGCCAGUUCGGCGAUCUCAACGGCAAGAGCAAGUCCGGGUGCAGGGAGCCAACAACAGCCGACCGCAGUUCAGCCUGCACCAACAACAGCGCCGACAAACUUGACAAACUCCCCUUCAACAUUAACGUCGACGGACACGUCGAUGGCAGACAAUACGCCGAUAAGAGUGACUUGGUCGGGCCGCCAAGUUAG